GAGAGACACACAGAGGGACUUUGACUCUCCUUUCUGAGCAACCUCCUCCACUCCACUCCUCUCUCAGAGAGCACUCUCGUACCUCCUUCUCAGCAACUGAAAGACACAGGCACCAUGACAAGCACCAGGACUGUCAGCUACAGCAUUGGUGGUGGCAGCGGCGGUGGCUCCAUCAGGAAGAGCUACUCCAGCCAGUCAGCGUAUGCAGUUCCCGUCGGCUCUACCAGGGUCAGCUCUGUCAGGAGAUCUGGCGUGGGUGCCGGCCCAGGCUUCGGUGCAGGGUUCGGUGCUGGAGGCAGCAGCUACAGCUUCAGCAGCAGCAGCAUGGGUGGAGGCUAUGGUGGAGGCUACGGUGGAGGUCUCGGUGGAGGCAUGGGCUUCGUUGCAGCUCCCAUCACUGCUGUAACAGUCAACCAGAGCCUGUUGGCCCCCCUCAACCUGGAAAUUGACCCCACAAUUCAGGCUGUCCGCACUCAGGAGAAAGAGCAGAUCAAGACCCUCAACAACCGCUUCGCCUCAUUCAUUGACAAAGUGCGCUUCUUGGAACAGCAGAACAAGAUGCUGGAGACAAAAUGGAGUCUCCUCCAAGAACAGACCACCACCCGCUCUAACAUCGACGCCAUGUUUGAGGCCUACAUUUCUAACCUGCGCAGACAGCUCGAUGGCCUGGGAAAUGAGAAGAUCAAGCUGGAAGGAGAGCUGAAGAACAUGCAGGGCCUGGUUGAGGACUUCAAGAACAAGUAUGAAGAUGAGAUCAACAAGCGUGCUUCCGUAGAGAAUGAGUUUGUCCUGCUCAAGAAGGAUGUUGAUGCAGCCUACAUGAACAAGGUUGAGCUUGAAGCCAAGGUUGAUGCUCUUCAAGAUGAGAUCAACUUCCUCAGGGCAGUCUACGAGGCUGAACUGCGUGAGCUCCAGUCUCAGAUCAAGGACACAUCAGUUAUUGUGGAGAUGGACAACAGCAGAAACCUGGAUAUGGACUCCAUUGUUGCUGAAGUUCGUGCUCAGUAUGAGGACAUUGCAAACCGCAGCCGUGCCGAGGCAGAGAGCUGGUACAAACAGAAGUUUGAGGAGAUGCAGUCCUCUGCUGGUCAGUACGGUGAGGACCUCCGCUCAACCAAGGCUGAGAUUGCUGAACUCAACCGCAUGAUCGCCCGCCUGCAGAAUGAGAUUGAUGCCGUCAAGGGACAGCGUGCCAACUUGGAGGCUCAGAUCGCUGAGGCUGAGGAGCGCGGAGAGCUGGCAGUGAAGGAUGCCAAGCUUCGCAUCAAGGAUCUUGAGGAAGCUCUCCAGAGGGCCAAGCAAGACAUGGCCCGCCAGGUGCGUGAGUACCAGGAGCUCAUGAACGUCAAACUGGCCCUGGACAUUGAGAUCGCCACCUACAGGAAGCUGUUGGAAGGAGAGGAGAGCAGACUGUCCAGUGGUGGAGCUUCAGCCACCAUUCAUGUGCAGCAGUCCACUGGAGGAAGUCUGUCAUCUGGUUUCUCUGGUAGCGGUGCUGGAUUUGGCUAUGGCGGUGGCUCAGGAUUCGGUGGUGGUUCAGGAUACAGUGGUGGUUCAGGAUACGGUGGCAGCUCCAUCAGCAAAACCAGCGUCACCUCUGUCAGCAGCCAAAGACGCUAUUAAAGAGAAGCCUUCCAAGCCAACCCAACCUAGCUUCCCACCUUCCUUACCUGCAACCAGAUCACUUCAAACCUUUUUACAACUCAAACCAUCUAUGGUGCUAUAUUUUAGCCAGACAGCUAUCCCCUGUUAAUGAGGAGAUGAGGACAAUGUUUUCUUAAACAAAAUAAGUUUUAGGUUUUUUUGUGCGUUGAUGGUCACAUCUUUUGUCUGGUGGUGUCACUGCCAAUUUAAAUCAUCAACCCAACUACAUUAAAAUGACACCAGGAAGAAUUUAAUGAAGAAUAUAUACUCCCAGCCACUGAAUUUUUAUUUCUGCACUGGUAUGUAUGGGGAAAGAGAGACUUGAAUGAAAUGUAUACACAUAGAAACCACUGAAGCCAAUUAGGCCUUUCCCAACAAUAUGAUUUCAAGUUUCAUUAGCAUGACCACAAGCAGUACCAUGGUUUCACUGGAUCAGGGAUGUGCUAUACAGGUCCUGAAAGUCCUGGUUGAAUGUUUUGUGCUGUGUUACAACUCCCUGCUGUACUUUAGUUGACUAAUAUGUCUUUUAUCAUCAUGCAGUGGCUGUCAGUGUCAGUUUACCUAUUUGCUAUAAAACAUGACCUACAGCCUGUAACUGAUGACAAUGAAUUGUGGGCUACCAAUGUCCAGUUACCUCACAUUCAAGGGAGAUCUGUUACAGCAAAAAAUAGGCACAAUGACAUUUCUGUGGACCAUCCCUCCUUAACUUUGAGUACUUGCCAAGUUGGAAGCUAAAUGCUUCAGUUGUUACUGUGUGGUUACUGUACUACCUUAUACUUUCCCCAGUAUUCAACUGCUUCCAGAGCAUAUUUUACAAUCCCUGUUAUAAAUGGAAAAAUGCAACAAAACUGAAAUCAUGUUCAACCAGAUUUAUUUUGUAUUGAUUGACUUGACACCAACUUAAAAUCUGAAUACAAUAAAUCUGAGACCACAA